AUGGCUAUGAUUUUAACCAUGCUUGAACGAAAACCCAAUACGUUCGAAGCGGUUUUUGAGGAACAGGCUGCGGGCGAGAACCAACAAACUCGAAGGUCGCGAUCCUACGAAUUACUGGUCGACGAAGUUUCCGCGGAGAAAAUUCAAGUCCUAUUACACGAUAUGUUUCCUACUGGGUGA